AUCCGCGAGACCGUGCAGGGGUUUGCUUCGCUGCCAUCCUCCUCUUCGUGCAUCUUUCCUCGAAGUUUCUUCUCAGUGCAGCACAGCGUAUGCCCACUCCUGUUUCCAUCCGCAUGACUGCCUGCCCCCGGAAGAAGGGAGGCCGGGAGUUGUAGUUUAUUUGCAGCGGUGACGUGGUGGACGGCGCGCGGGAGAUGCGGCGGUACCGCUGUGUGGCGGUGUUUGACCAUAUGUACUUCUUGUUAGGCAGGGGUCAUACUCCCUCAGUUACCGACUGUUCAGAAGUUGAGAGAAGCGUUUUAAUGUUUGCUGAAAUGACACCAGGUUCAAACCACACAUUGGCAAUCUCAAGGAAAGGGAUUGAAAGGAAUUGCUGCGCGCUAUGCAAACAACAGAAACCAAGAUCUGAGAAGGUCUGCCACAUUUCAGGAUCAAGGACAAAGGACCAGAGACAAACAAAAUCGCCCUGCCUCAGGACGUGUUUGGCGUUUUGCUUCAAGGACCAGGUGAGGAUGGAGCAAAGGGAGCCACCAGUGGAUUCUUAUGCUGAAGGGAUUGAUGGAAGACUCAGGGAACUGGCCUCAAAGUGGUUCAUAGAAACUCAAGUGCCACUCAUUGUCCACAAUGGCUUCUUCCCCGCUUGGUUCAUGGGCUUCAUCACAAGAAAGGAUGCUGAAGAAAUACUCAGAGAAAAGGAGCUGGGCUGCUUCCUGAUCCGUCUCAGUGACAAGGCCAUCGGAUACAUUCUGUCUUAUAAAGGCAGAGAUCGGUGUCGACAUUUUGUGAUAAACCAAACCGAAUCGGGGCAGUUUGUAGUCUGUGGAGACACUGAAGCCCAUGACACUGUCUCUGAACUCAUAGAAAACUACAAGACCAGCCCCAUUCAGCCAUUUGGAGAGUAUCUGACAGCCCCUUGUUGUGAGGUGCUGAAUGAAGAGCUGUAUGAUAUCAUCCAGGUUAGACCUAAAGCACAGCCUGUGGCCUCCGUUGAUGCUGUGAAGAGCAUGCGAAAACCGCAGAUUAACUCGGCCUCAGAGCAGCCACCUACACGGCCACCAAAGAGCAACAGGAUAUUAAAGGAAGCACCACCUUUGCCCCGAAGGAGCAGGCUCCUGGAGAAUGGCCCCAUGGAUGACCAGGACAGGGUUUUGUACGCUCAGCUCAGGAAGCAAUCACCCAGGGAGAUACCGAGGUUUCAACACAUCUGUCGGGACAAUUUAUCUGGAGAUAAUCCAGGGAGAACUGAACGAUCUGCACCCCAGGACCAGAACAUGAGGAGGUGUAGUCCUCCGUCCAUACCAGACUCUAUUUACUCUGAGCUCGACCUGAUGGACCGCAAGAGCAGAUCUCUACCACUACUGGACAACGGCUCUGAUGGAGAGCAGUCUUGCAGGCUGGCUGCACCCCCUCACACACCCCCGAGACUUUCCCCUAAACCUGUCAGACAACUCAUGUGCUAUGGCCCACAGCUAGAGAAGACAGACGCAUGCAGCAGACCGAGCAGCAGCCACAGCCUGGAACACAUGAGUGACAGUGGUGUCUAUCACCUGGCUGGCAAGCCUGGUAGCCCUCACACUACAUCAUCUGAGACGAGAUCAGAGCAGCACAGGGAUUCGGUGUAUGCUGAGGUCCCCGGUGAAUUCCUUGUUGGAUGCUACCCUCAGGUCAAUACAUACGAGCUGCUUCCGGGCCACGAAGACACAGCCAAACCUAAAACCCACAGCAACACUUAUGAGCCACUGGAGGACAUCAGACCCAAAUCCUGGGGGUUAAAGAAUGAUAAAUGGAAAUGGCUGUUUCCUGAGGUCAAGAGGAAAUGGUGAAGACGUUAUCAGCUACUGUGGAAAAUGUUCACUAAAUUUACUCUGACACUACGGUGGUACUGCCUGACACACACUCUGUGAAAGCUUCGGUUAUAUAUUCAACACAGGCUGACAUGUUUUUAACUAUUCAAAUGUCAUCUGUGAUAUUUUUCAUUUUUAAUGUAUUUAUUUAAAAUAAUUUCCAUUUUAUUUUCCAUAUGUACAGUAAGCUGAUGUGCUCAAUAAAACACAAACUGGGUGUUGAAGUUUUACAAAGCAAAAAUUGUGCCGUUAAAUAUAAAGCCACGAAUGAGAUACAAAAUAGCUCAUAACUCUGUACCCUCUCAAAUGAUUAUAUCAUUUCAGUGCAAGAGAAAAAGGUUGUACUCUGUAAAUAUUUUAACUACAGACUGCAAGCAUCAAUGCUGCACUUCACUCGCAGGAAACUUUAUUUGCAUACAGAUUUCAGACGCCUGUAUACAACAGCAAUGGGGAAGCGGAUCAAACAUACUGAAAUGUCAUUUAUUAUCUUUUAUCAUCUGCUGAUCUUUUACUCUACUUAUAGUUUCAAUGCUAGGCACUAAAACCACAGUAUGACUGAUACUUUAACAGCCUCUCUGUGUGCCUGAAUUUUUUCCCUGGUCACACUUAUUUUCACAAGCCAUUAAAUGCUGGAGCAGCAGAGGAAAGGAAAUAAGGUGUUCCAGUGAUGACAAACUAGGUUAGAUUAACUCACUGACACAUGAAAAACAUUCAUCUUGGAAAAUCAAGAGUAUUUCAUGACUUUUCUGUCAUCUUCUCUUUCACAACUUCCACAACACAGAAUGAUGAGGUGUCACUGGAAAACAGAAGGAAAUGUGUGGUCAUUUCUUACAACAGACAAACAAAAUGUCAUAAGGGGCUCAUUAUGUAUCAGUGGGUUUCUGCACCUGUGAAUAACACGCUGACAAAACGUGAUACAGGCUAAGGAGGAUCGGUGGCAAAAUCAUAUCUUCAUUUUAUUAUCGUAACAGCACAGUCUUUUCCCUAAUGGGUAACACUUUUCACUUCGCAAAAGUGCUAGCAUGUUAACACUUAACAAAUAGUUUAUAACACACAUUAUU